AAACCAGCUCCGGGCGGUUCUGGGUAGGCUGUCGUUUUGCUAGCUGCAGAACGCAGACUUCGGCUGACCGUGGGUGAGGUGGGAGCUGCGCUCCUUCCUGAGAGCAUCGGGUUCUCCGGCGUGCCUUCACUCGUUUCGGUGUCUAGAGCGAGACUGACUUUCAGUUUGCUUUGCCCAUGUGUGUACCAGAAUCAGUGCUGUUUGAGCCUGACAGGAUUGACUUUACAAAUGAGACAUUUAUGUCACAUCUGCCAAGAAGUGUGAUUUAAAUUAAACUUUAACUUUUACAAGUUUUCAGAUACUUUGAGUUAUCAGCUGUCUGCGGUUAUUUGUAACUGGAGGGGUACACAGCCCCAAAGGGGAGGGAUAAGAACUGCAGAUCUUAGAUGCUCUAAGAACCCACUACUAUAUAAUCAUUCCUAUGAAAAUCAUUCAUGUGCUGGCAGCCCCAAAGGGAGCAUAAACCAGGGACUUUGAUAUCAUGCAGCAGAAGAGCAAAUUAUUUCUCCAGGCUUUGAAGUAUAGUAUUCCUCACCUUGGGAAAUGCAUGCAGAAACAGCACGUGAAUCACUGUAACUUCGCUGAUCAUUAUUACAAUAGCAUAAAAUUGAAAAAAUAUCACCUAACCAAGUGUCUGCAGAAUAAACCCAGGAUAUCAGAGUUAGCAAGAAACAUCCCAAGUCGGAACUUCUCAUGUAAGGAAUUUUUGCCUAUUAAACAAGAAAACAAAAAAUCCCUCUCAGAAAACAUGGAUGCAUUUGAAAAAGUGAGAACAAAAUUAGAAACACAGCCACAAGAAGAAUACGAAAUCAUCAAUGCAGAGAUUAAACAUGGUGGUUUUGUUUAUUAUCAAGAGGGCUGCUGUUUGGUUCGUUCCAAAGAUGAAGAAGCAGACAAUGAUAAUUAUGAAGUUUUGUUCAAUUUGGAGGAACUUAAAUUAGAGCAACCCUUCAUUGAUUGUAUCAGAGUUGCUCCUGAUGAAAAAUAUGUAGCUGCCAAGAUAAGAACUGAAGAUUCUGAAGCAUCUACGUGUGUAGUUGUGAAGCUCAGUGAUCAACCUGUAAUGGAAGCUUCUUUCCCAAAUGUGUCCAGUUUUGAAUGGGUAAAGGAUGAAGAAGAUGAAGAUGUUUUAUUCUACACCUUCCAGAGGAACCUUCGCUGUCAUGAUGUAUAUCGAGCCACUUUUGGUGAUAACAGGCGUAAUGAACGUUUUUACACAGAAAAAGACCCAAGCUUUUUUGUUUUCCUUUAUCUUACAAAAGACAGUCGUUUUCUCACCAUGAAUAUUAUGAACAAGACCACUUCAGAGGUGUGGUUGAUAGAUGGCAUGAGCCCUUGGGACCCACCAGUACUUAUCCAGAAGCGAAUACACGGGGUCCUUUACUACGUAGAACACAGAGAUGAUGAAUUAUACAUUCUCACUAAUGUUGGCGAGCCUACAGAAUUCAAGCUAAUGAGAACAGCAGCUGAUACCCCUGCUAUUAUGAAUUGGGAUUUAUUUUUCACAAUGAAGAGAAAUACCAAAGUUGUAGACCUGGACAUGUUUAAGGAUCACUGUGUUCUAUUCCUGAAGCAUAGCAAUCUACUUUAUGUUAAUGUGAUUGGUCUGGCUGACGAUUCAGUUCGGUCUCUAAAGCUCCCACCUUGGGCCUGUGGAUUCAUAAUGGAUACAAAUUCAGACCCAAAGAACUGCCCCUUUCAGCUUUGCUCUCCUAUACGUCCCCCUAAGUAUUACACGUAUAAGUUUUCAGAAGGUAAACUGUUUGAGGAAACUGGACAUGAAGACCCAAUCACAAAGACUAGUCGUGUUUUACGUAUAGAAGCCAAAAGCAAGGAUGGAAAAUUAGUGCCAAUGACUAUUUUCCAUAAAACGGAUUCUGAAGACUUGCAGAAGAAACCUCUCCUGGUACAUGUAUAUGGAGCUUAUGGAAUGGAUUUGAAAAUGAAUUUCAGGCCUGAAAGGCGGGUGUUGGUGGACGAUGGAUGGAUAUUAGCAUAUUGUCACGUUCGGGGAGGUGGUGAGUUAGGCCUCCAGUGGCAUGCUGAUGGCCGUCUAACUAAAAAACUCAAUGGCCUUGCUGACUUAGAGGCUUGCAUUAAGACACUUCAUGGCCAAGGCUUUUCUCAGCCAAGUCUAACAACCCUGACUGCUUUCAGUGCUGGAGGGGUGCUUGUGGGAGCAUUGUGUAAUUCUAAUCCAGAGCUGCUGAGAGCUGUGACUUUGGAGGCACCUUUCUUGGAUGUCCUCAACACCAUGAUGGACACUACACUUCCUCUGACAUUAGAAGAAUUAGAAGAGUGGGGGAAUCCUUCAUCUGAUGAAAAACACAAGAACUACAUAAAACGUUACUGUCCCUAUCAAAACAUUAAACCUAAGCAUUAUCCUUCAAUUCACAUCACAGCUUAUGAAAACGACGAACGUGUGCCUCUGAAAGGAAUUGUAAACUAUACUGAGAAACUCAAGGAAGCCAUCGUGGAGCAUGCUAAGGACACCGGGGAAGGUUAUCAAGCCCCCAAUAUUAUUUUAGAUAUUCAGCCUGGAGGCAAUCAUGUGAUUGAGGAUUCUCACAAAAAGAUUACAGCCCAAAUUAAAUUCCUGUAUGAGGAACUUGGACUUGACAGCACCAGUGUUUUCGAGAAUCUUAAGAAAUAUCUAAAAUUCUGAAAUGCUGCAUUCAGUGGAAAUUGGAAACACACUGAAAUAUUUCAUAGUCAUAUUUCCAGUUACAUUAACAAAAGUGAGUUUUUUAAGUUAGUAAAUAAUUUUUAAAAUUUGCUUCUCUGUCCAGAUUUUGUUUUGUAUACAGCUCACUUGCUUAUACCGUUGUCUCCAUUGAUGCACACGCCCCUUAACCUAGGAAAGUAGUUUUCAAACCAUGCUCUGUAGAAGGACAUAGAGAAGGGAGUGAAGGAAGGAUUGGUGACAGCAGAACUUUCCCCUUUCCCGCAUCAGAACAGGUUUGUUUUACUCUGAUUUUCUUUGAACAGUUUACAAAUCAAGGUCCUGCUUCUUUGCUAGUGAACAUUUUUAGAUACUCUAGCAGUUAAGUCAUCCUCCAGUUUCUGUACCUGCAUUUUAUGGAAGAAGAUGAUAUUCCUCACAUUAAAAUUCAUUAGAUCUCUCUAAUAUUCUGGAGUCCUAAGGUGCUCUGAUCAUCUCUUAUUGAUGCUAACUCAAAAAAAUUACAAGUUCCUGCAAG